GGGGGUGAAUGAGCAGGAGGACUGCCCGUCUCCAAGGCUCCUGCAGUCCUGGAUGUGACCUUAAUGGAGAGACGCGAAGACUGUGCUCUUCACUGGGGGACAUCUGUGUGGAUCGGAAGGUCAGGGCGGGGAACAGAGGCCCUGAGGCUCAGGCUCCGGCGGGGGGUGCAGGAGCUUUCCUGAUUUUUAUGCAAAGAAUUUGAUAAGAAAAAGAAGAUGAUGCUCUUUGUGACAGGGCUGCCACGAGUUGUGACUCACUCGUCCAAACUGCGCUAUGUGUAUCCUUCAUGCUGGCAGCUCAGGAUUGCAUGUAACAAUAGAAGGAAUGUGCAAGGUGAAAGAAGGUACAGCUCUCAUCCAGGUGACGUUAAGUCUUUACGCACCAUUAUUAAUCCAGACAUCUCGAAAAUCCGCAACAUUGGAAUUAUGGCUCACAUUGAUGCAGGAAAAACCACAACCACCGAAAGGAUGCUUUACUAUGCCGGAUACACCAGGGCACUUGGAGAUGUGGAUGACGGGGACACGGUGACUGAUUUCAUGGCACAGGAGCGGGAGCGGGGGAUUACCAUCCAGUCAGCUGCUGUUACUUUUGACUGGAAAAACCAUCGAAUCAACUUGAUAGACACACCAGGUCACGUGGACUUCACUGUUGAGGUUGAACGUUCUUUGCGAGUACUUGAUGGAGCUGUGGCAGUGUUUGAUGCUUCAGCUGGUGUGGAGGCGCAAACCUUGACUGUGUGGAGACAGGCAGAUGAACAUCGUGUUCCACGUAUUUGCUUCUUAAACAAGAUGGAUAAGCCUGGAGCCAGUUUCUGCUAUUCUGUGGACAGCAUCAAAAAGAAGCUAAAGGUGAAACCACUUCUGCUGCAGCUGCCUAUCGGAGCAGGGAGGACAUUUACCGGAGUGAUUGACCUUGUCACAAGUGAAAAAGUUAUCUGGGGCCCGAAGACAAGUGAUGGUGACGGAGCAGUGUUCAAUCGACAUCCUCUAGUGACAGCAGAUGGACCAAAUCUUUUAAAGGAAGCCAGAGAUGCGAGAUAUGCCCUUAUUGAACAAGUAGCGGAUCUGGAUGACGAAUUUGCUGAGUUGGCUCUGAGAGAGUUGUGUGAAAACAUAGAAGCAGUUCCUGCUGAGAAGUUAAACGCAGCAAUCCGCCGAAUCACACUGAGUCAUGCAGCCGUGCCUGUAUUGUGCGGAAGUGCACUGAAGAACAAAGGAGUGCAGUUGCUGAUGGACGCCAUCUCCAUGUACCUGCCGUCCCCCAAUGAAGGCCAGCAUGACUUUAAACAGUGGUAUGGGGAUGACCUGUGUGCUCUUGCCUUUAAAGUUCUUCACGACAAACAGCGAGGACCUAUAGUGUUUGUCCGCAUCUAUUCUGGGUCGAUGAAACCUCAGUCAGCCGUUUACAACAUCAACAAGAAUUGCAUGGAAAGAAUGAGUCGUCUUUUGUUGCCUUUUGCUGACCAGCAGAUUGAGAUCCCAUCAUUACAGGCUGGAAAUAUUGCACUGCUUGUUGGACUCAAACAGACAGCCACUGGGGACACAAUAGUUUCAUCAAAGGCAUCAGCAGCAGUUGCGUCCCAGCGAGCAGCGAAGGAUUCUGGAAAAAAGUGUGAUCAGAACAGAGAGCAGGAAAAUCUUGUGUUGGCAGGUGUUGAGAUUCCUGAACCAGUCUUCUUCUGCACCAUUGAACCCCCUUCAUUGGCCAAGCAAGCAGAUCUGGACCGUGCUCUUAUCUGUCUCCAGCGCGAAGAUCCCAGUUUAAAGGUGAAGAUUGACCCAGACUCCGGGCAGACUAUUCUGUGUGGAAUGGGUGAGCUGCACAUUGACAUAAUCCAUGAUCGAAUCAAGAGGGAGUAUAAAAUUGAGACUCACCUUGGACCCCUCCAAGUGGCCUACAGAGAAACCAUAUCAAUCUCUGCCAGCUCAGCAGAUACAUUGGACAGAACCGUGGGGAGCAAACGCAACCUGAUAACAGCUGAGCUGUCAGUUCGCCCAUGGCUAGGAGAAGGCCCAGUGACGAAGCCUCUGAUUGAGUUUUCAGACGUUCUCCAGGAGCAACUUUCCACAGAAAUCUUAGAUGCUGUGGAAAAUGGACUGAACACUUCAUUUCUGCAAGGCCCACUGUUGAAUUUCCCUCUUCAGGAUGUGGUGGUCACACUGGAAUCUCUCCAUGUACACCCUGGGACAUCAAUGCCAAUGAUUUCAGCUUGUGUAUCUCGCUGUUUGCAGAAGGCACUGAGGCGUGCUGGGAGCCAGGUCCUAGAGCCAGUGAUGAACCUGGAGAUCACGGUGGAUGAAGACCAUCUCAGUGUAGUGCUGGCCGACCUCGCUCAGAGAAGAGGAAGCGUCCAGGAAAUCCAGAGCCGUCAGGAUAACCGAGUGGUAUUGGCAUGUGUCCCACUUGCUGAAAUGAUGGGUUAUUCGACCACUCUCCGCACAUUGGCAUCAGGCAUGGCUACAUUCACCUUGGAGCUGUCGAGGUAUGAGGCGAUGACUUCACAGGAACAAAAGAUGCUUUUCAACAAAAUGACCGGAGUCAUGUGAGUGCAGAACAAAACCAUCUACAAAGUCCAUGUUAUGACUGAUGACAUUUGGGAGAAGGACACCUACGGUGAUUUCUCAGCUUGGAGCAGAAAAUGAUUGACCUCCAGAAUGCUAUAGAGAAUCUUGCAGAUGUGGAAAGGGUUUCCUAGAACAUUCAGCCACUUUCUAGGCAACAGAAGUGGCUUCUACCCAGUAUAUCAUGUCAGAUGCUAACAUUUGUUUCUGAUCCCGGAAUCUACAAGUGCUGAUAAACACACUCAAGACGACUGAGGUGUGAACUGCAAACUCUAGUUGGGACUCAACUUACAAUAUGAAAUCACAAGGCAGCUUUUUCUUACUUCAACUAGAUUUUGAUUUCAUUUACAUCUGGAUCCAUGGAUUUUCCCUCCCUCCUUUUCUGAAUGUGUUUCAUUCCCUUUUCAUCCGAUUGUAGUAUCUAACCCAAGUAGUCGUUAUUCAUGUGUGAGCCUGGCCAGUUAUGUUGACAGCCCAUCACAGCCCAAGUCUGAACCUAUCUGAGCCAGCGCCACACACAUGCACCUCCCACCAGAGGUGGGGAGGGAGGCUGCAGAGCAAUUAGGAGUGGGAACCCAUUCCACAACCCAGACACCAAUUAUAGUUCUCUCACCUGCUGCCUGGGCAGAUAUCAGCUAACUCAGCACAGACCAGGAUUCAAACCUGCAACUUUACUUCACUGUCGCAAAAUGACUGAAAUGUUAGCCUCUCCAAAUGGCCUACUUCUGUAAAGGGGAAAUAAACAAAUGACAUCCAAGUUUAUUGGAUGUUGGCAGAUCUUUUAA